CAACCUCCAACUGCGCCGUUCUAGGGGGUUUAUUCCCCUUCUAUCAUCCCCUCCCUUUCGUAGGCGCCCGAUCAAGCCUAAGGACCUGCUCCCUUCUCUAGCACCUACUAAUCCACUUUCUUCACAUCUCAUGCCGCGUCACCACUCUCUCGUCUCCAUUUUGCUUAGAAUAAGUUUAAUGGCUGCUGAGAAGCUCCGAUAUUCCUAGGAAGAGGCCUGAGCUAUAUACAACCACGGAAGGAUACCGUUCUCCAGUAACAGGUACCGUCUUUUGAUUCAAAGAUAUGAGUCCAGAUUUCCACGACGACCUUCUCCAGCAUUACUCGGAAGCCGAACUAGUACAUCAUAUUAGAGCAUCUCCUCGACACGCAACUACCCCUAGAGUAUUCCUACUAUCGGUGACCCUACUGGCUAAACACUAUGAGCCUCCCUUGAUUGAAGACAUGGUCAAGGCUACGGAAGCUGCUCGUCGGCUGGGCAUUCGCGCUCCCUGCAUAAAGAGGACAAUCAUAUACGAGGGAAGUGCAUUUUGCGUAAUGGAACGUAUUCAAGGGGCCACCCUAGAAGAGAUAUGGACGAGGCUUAGCUGGUUUAUGACUAUAAAAAUAGCCCUCCAGCUUCGCCAUUUCGUUCAUCUUCUAAGAUCUGUGACCUCUUCAGUUGCAGGAUCUCUAGCAACUGGCCAGUGCUUGUCAUUCUGGUUAGAAGACCGCUAUGGCCUUCCUGCUAGAUCAAGGCCAGAAGAUAUUGCUUAUUUCAUCCAAUUUUGGAUGAAUUUUACAUCAAUCCGAAAAGCGAUGAAAGCUGCGAAACAAGUAUCGGUAAAUGCUAAGAGGCAAAUAUCUCCAGUGGCCCGGACCUUCGUACUCACCCAUCACGACCUGGCACCUCGAAAUCUUGUUCUUGAUUCUUCUGGGCAGCUUUGGUUAAUAGAUUGGGAUUAUGCUGGUUUCUACCCGAUCUACUUCGAGUACGCGUCCCUACAGAAUUUUCACACGCCUAAAGACUGGAACCUAUUCGCGCGGUUACGGUGAAGUCUAUUCUCUUGGGUCGCGGUUGGACGUUAUGAACAAGAUGCGGCCGUACUAAGGCUGAUAAGGUCAAGAUUCACACGAUUCGCUGUCGGGCGCCGUUUCGAACUCCUAGCAAAGGGAGGGCCAUCUAGACGUCCUGUAUCGUAGACAAGCUGAAACAUCCGCUACAUUUGGAGGACUGUAGUCUUGGAGUGUUUGCGGGAAGCGUCUCUCCAUCCUAGCAGGGAAUCCAGCUUAAAGUAGAAUAGUAGGGCUAUUAGAUAAUAUGCA